GAAAUGGUUGUUGUCAUAAACAAAAUAAAUAUGGUCGUUGUAAGAAAAAAGUGCAUCUAGAGUGCACUUUUAAUAAUGUGUCAACUUUUGGCAAAUGCAUAAAAAUUUUAGAACAUGGAUUUGAUCGUAAAAUUUCUGUUUCUGAGUGGUAAAUACAUUACGUGCGCAGCAGGGAAGACCAUUCUCGAAUUAAUCAAUCAGAGUGUGAGAAUUAAGAGGCAUGUGUCGCGAAAAUAUGAACAUAUCACCCAGAUGGUCGGGCCCUAUGACAAUAUGCUCGAGCUGAUGAACGCCAGAAUUGAGGAAAACACAAUCGCCGAAAUGGCUGGGUCUCCGGAAGCUUCAAUGAAGCAAAUCAAUUGUGACGUCGACGUAAGCGAAGCCUCCUAUAACAACGAUGAAUUGGAGAUGACUGCCUCUCGAAGAGAUAAGGAAUUUGAGCAGAUCUUUGCGGACUGGUACGAAGAUUUAUGCAAAAGUUCUACAGAACUAAAGCACGAAAUGAAGAAUAAUAACAAAAUAUCUCAACAAGAUUCUGCAACUAAACAACGUUACACUUGUGGUGCAACUUUACAACCAAAAUUAAUUAAACAACAAUUUUAUGCGGCGUGUGCAAACGAUCAAUACAAGUUGAAAAUGGGAAAUUAUAGUAAGAAUUUGGUACCACUUUCGGAUAGGAAUGCUUAUAUGAAUAAAUUGGUAACUGAAUCUCCGGACGAUUCUUAUUAUAAAAGGAAUCGUUUUCCGAUUCGAAAAAAGAACAAACCAGUUAAUGUCCAUAGUAGUGCAGGAGUUCACAAUUUCAAAAAAUCUCUUUUGGCUCACGAUGAUACAAUCGAUUUGGCAACGAAAGAUUUUGUCGCGGAUUUAAAACAAGAGAUUAGUUAUAGAACUUAUACGUACACCGAUAAAUUGGAACGAUUAACGAAUUCUGCUACAUGUACAACUACAUUUAAAAGGUGGCACGCCCGUCAUCACAUAUGUUGUAGGAGGCUGUCGAGUUGGCAAGCAUUCGAAUCUAAUUUAGAGAAAAAAUUGCAGAAAAAAAUUUAUCGGAUAAUCACGAGAGAUAUAACCAGCUUGUCUUACUUAUCUGAUAAUGAAUAUAAGGAUAUCGAUAGCCAAAAUCGAAUGGACGCCGACGUAAUAAAAGUAAAUGAGCUGGCUUUUAACAAAUUGGAACAAAAAGUCACUCAGAUUUUGAUCCAGCAGAAUUUACGAGACAUCGAGGAAGUGUUACGGACUAAAAAUAGAUUGAGAACACUUUUUCCUGUAGUAAAACGUUUAAACUUUGAUGAGAUUUGUAGUAAUACUUCAGCGAGGAUACAAAACACGGUUAUUAAAAGUUUAUGGGAGAAAAAGCACGCGAGUGGAAUCGGUGAUAUAAUCGAAUUAUUAGAAAAUGAAAUGCAACCGGCUAUUUUCAAUGCAAAACGCGAUAACGAAGAAAAUGAAAAGUUGAAUGUCCACCAAGUUGUACCCGCAACUAACAUCACUUCCCCACCCGAUGAAAUGAUGAUGUUACGAGAAAAAAUCGAAGAUGAAAAUAAAAUAAAAACUCCUAAAGGACUCAAAUCGGAUCUUACUGAAGAGCAAAUGAAAGAUAUUCAGCAAAGAACUGAUAUUUUAGAAUCAAAUUGGAGGGCAUUCAAAAUCUUCGAAGAAUAUCUUCAAAACGUUAUGAUUUUUGAUAAACGGGACGAACCUAAAACUAAAUCAAGCGAAUCAAAAACGAAUAAUUUAUUUGGUGGGUUUAGUAUUGAAGCGAUUUAUAAUAGUUUAUUUAAUAGAAGUCGUGAUAAUGAUAAUAAGAACUUAAUUGCGAUUAAAGACGAUAUUGCUUUAGAAACAACGAAAGUAACUAACAGCGAGGAUAGUCGAGGAAAUAAAAGUUUUAUCGAGAUUUUAACUGAACAAGUUCAAAAUAAACUUAAUUCUGAUCAGUUGAGUUCAAACAUAGAACAAGAAUCUCUUAAUUUAAUGAUUGCCGAUUCAAUAAAGGAACCAAGUUCUUCAACCAAAACUGUACAAUCUGAUUUUAUUAUUACAACACCUACGCAAUCUUCAAAUUCGGUUGUUUCUGAUUUUGUGGUUGCAGCUUCGGGUGAUAAACGUUUUAAAGGACCAAAUAAUAAUAAUUAUAAAGAAACGGACCAAAAAAAUAAUUCAGAUCAAUUCAGAGAAUAUUCAUUGAAAAGAAUGAAGAAAGAUGUAUACAAUUUUGAUCCAGAAAUGGAUGAGGACGGUGAAGAAAUUUUGAGCGUUCAAAAAUGCUCCGAUAGUGAAUAUAAUCGUCAUGAACGAGAUUUGAAUAAUGAAGCGAUUAUUGAAAGUUUUAAUCAAGAAUUGUAUAGCCAAGAAGAUUAUGUUGAACCAUCUGUUGCUGAUUUAGUAACAAGGUUAAUGGAUAAACCCACAGAUCAUUUAACAUUGGAACCAGUGGAAGCUAACGUUUUAGUUUUCCCUGAAUCACACAGUUACAUGUCAUGCCUCGAAGAAUUAGAUAAUUACGAUGACGAAUAUUAUGAUAAUAAAUAUCAUCCAUCACAAAAAUUCCCUAAUCAAAAAUUAAUUAACAUUGAAAAAGAAUUAAAAGAAAUUAAAACGCAAUUAAAAUCCCUGAGUACGAGCAGUUUGGUUCCAAGUAGUGGUAGUUUUGAUAUAAUUGAUGAUGGUAAAAUAGCUGAAUAUGUUUUACCCAAAAGAAAACCAAAAAGUGACACAAACAUAGCUGUUACAACGGAAAAUCAAAAAAAGAUUCUUUUAAACAUUUAUAUACCAAAAAAUUGUGGAAGCAACAAACUUCCCAUUUCAAGUUCAAAAAUCCCAACCGUUUUAAUGCAACAUCCAUCGAAAAGUAAUAAAAUGAUUGAUAUUAAACAAAUUUCAAAUUUAGCCACUGAAAAAAGCGCUUCAGUUUGUAUCGAUCCCGAUCGUGUUUUAAAAUUACAACGAAGCUUACAAUUCAAAGCCAUCGAUUCAGAUCAAUUAAUUCAAGUAACCGAAAAAUUAACACCACCAAAAGAGAAGAAAAAGCCUUUCCCCAGAAUCGAUAUCAGUACAUUAAUGGACGUUCAAAAGAAAUUAUACGACAUUCCAAAAUCGGUCGCAGCUGGCUUUGUUUCUCAAAUUGAUCCAAUCCAGUUACAUAAUUUACGAGACAACUUAGAGCCAGCUUUCAACACAAAACUUGUUGAGAACAAUCCACUUCGCGUUGUACCCCAAUACGAAUUUGUUUCGUUGCCACUAGAGGAAGAAGACAUCGAUGUUGACGAUGUUAGAGAGGAAAUUGAAGACGAAAUCGAAUUACACGAAAAUGAAAUGGAUUUAUGGAAAAGUGCUAAUUUGGCUAUAAAACAACUGAAAGAAGAGGCGAAAAUGAUUGAUCACGAUGAAGACGAUGACGAAGAUAUCGUUAAAUAUUACCAAGAAGAUCCUAGUGAAAUUAAUAAAAUUGAAAACUUUAAUGAGUUCGUCUCAAUCGUUAAAGUGCUCGAUUUACCGAUAGAAUCAUACCUUGAUUUUGAUGCUCCAUCAAGUCUCGAAGAAGAUUCGCUUAAAUUAAGCAUUGUGCAAACAAAAUCCAAAAUAACAGAACCAAAACAAGACAUUAAUUCAGUGAGAGAAUUAAUUUAUAACAGCGAUGAUGUUGAAGCAGAAAAUCAGGAAUUAAUUGAUCAGAAACAAUAUGAACGCGAAAUACUUGAAUUGGAACAAUUUAAGGAAAGAUAUUUUAAUCGAGAAUAUGGUAAAGAAAAUAAGGAUAAUAAACUUAACAAACAAGGAAAAUUCAAGAAAAUACAGUUAAAAGAAGAGAAAUUAAAUUUUUGUAAUAAAAUAGAAUGGAAAACUAAAAAAAUUAUAAGUGAGAAUGAAGGAAAUAUUGACCAAAAAGAUGUCGAAAAAGUAGAACCUCGACUUGUUAAAAGAAUACAGUUAAGAGAUGAUGGAGUUAAACCAUCUCAAGCGAGAGAAAAUUUAGUGGUUAACAAACCAGUAAAACGUAUUCAAUUAAAGGAUUAUAUACUUGAAAUAAAAGAUAAAUCGAAUUUGAAUGAAAAUUUAAAUAAAACUUUGAAUGAAAAGGUGGCAAAAACGAAAGAGAAAGGUAGGAAAGGGAAAGGUAGAGGAGGAGGUGGUGGUUUAUCAAGAAGAUCUUCCAAAGGAAAUAUAAGGGCUAAAAAGAACAACGAAAAAUUAGAUGUGGAAUCGGGAAAUGUCCAUGAAAAAAUUAAGAAGGUUAAUUUUAAAGAUGUCUCCUCUGAUUUUAAUGUUACCGAUUUGAAAGAAUCGAUUUCAACUGAAGUUAAAGAAAAGGUUUUUGAUACUCAGAGUGUAUCUCGAAAUGAAAGUCGAAAUGAAUCUCGAAAUGUGAUUCAAAAUGCAAUUCAAAAUUCUAGACUAAAUGCAACUCAAAAUGAAACUCAAAAUGUAAUUCGAAAUGAAACUCAAAAUGUAGCUCAAAAUGCAAUUCAAAGUUCUACACUAAAUGCAACUCAAAAUGUAAUUCGAAAUGCAACUGUAAAUACAGCUCAAAGUGGAGUUCAAAAUGCAACUAUAAAUACAACUCAAAGUGGAGUUCAAAAUGUAGCUCAAAAUGCAACUGUAAAUACAACUCAAAGUGGAGUUCAAAAUGUAGCUCAAAAUGCAACUGUAAAUACAACUCAAAGUGGAGUUCAAAAUAAAAUACAAAUUGAAGCUCAAAAUGAGUCUCAAAAAGUUCAUACUCUUCAAGAAUUUCAAAGAAAUCUUGAACGUAAACGAGAAGAAGAGCUGAAGAAAAUUGAAGAAGCAUCUCGAAAAAUUCAACAAUUUCAAGAAAAUCAAGAAUAUCUGAAAAAAAUGGAGCUGAAAAGAGAAGAAGAAAUAAAGAAGAUUCAAGAAGCUGUACAAAAAGUGCAACAAUUUCAAGAAAAACAAGAAUUAGAGAGGAGAUUGGAACUUGAAAGAAAACAAAAUGUGCAAGAAGUAACACAUAUUCCAAAGAAAUUUGAAUUUAAAAAUAUUCAAAAAGAUUUUGAAAAUAACUUCAAAUUUAAAGAAGAAAAUAAAAAUCAUGAUGCUCGAGAAGUUCAAACAAUACAAGAUAUUCCGAAAGAAGUUGCAUUUAAAAAUGAUGUUAAAAGGAAUCAAGAGGAUGCUCAAAAAGUUGAAUUUAGUGGAGAACCUGAUGUAAAGAAACUUGAUCAAAAAGAAAAUCAAAAGAAAACUCAAGAAACCGUUCAAAAAGUUCUACAGUUUUAUGAAAGUAUUCAAUCUAAAUCUGAUUUCAAAAGAGAACAAGAAAUAAAGAAAAUUCAAGAUGCACGUAAAAAAGUUGUAGAAAAUGUAAACUUACUGAAAAGAAAUCAACUUAAAAAGGAUCAAGAUGUUAAAAUAAUUCAAAGUGUUCGGGCUGAAAAUCAAAGUCUUCAAGCUUCUACUGCACAAAGUAAGAAAGAGCAGGAAGUGAAUAAAGACUAUGAUUUUAAUAUAUCUGAUGAAGAUCACGAAGAUAUUCAAGAAAAUCGGGAAUUUCAGAUGAUUCAAGAGUUUCAGAAAAGAAUUGAGCUUAGAAGAGAUGAGGAAUUGAGGAAAAUGGAUGAUGUGAAAAAUUGUUCGAACGUUCAAGAGUUCAAGAAGGGUCAAGAAUUAGAAACGGUUCAAAACUUUGGAAAGGUUCAAGAGUUUGGAAAAACCCAAGAUUUUAAGAAGAUCAAUGAGUUAGAAAGUGUCGAAGAAUUUGAAAAUAUACCGGCGUUUGCAAGUCUUCAAGAACCUAAAAAAAGUGCACAAGAAUUUGUAAAGGAUCAAGAUUUCAAAAAUGUACCAAGACGUACAAAAGUUCAAAAACGUAAAUUUGCUAAAGUUCAAGAAUUUAAAAAUGUACCAGAUUUUACAAAAAUUGGAGAAAUUAAAAACGAAUCUAAAAAUGUGCAAAAAUGUAAAAACAUACAAGAAUUGCCAAAUGUACAAAAAUUAGAAAAUGUACAAGAAAUUCAAAAAGAACAACAAAUUCAAAAAGUUCAAAACUUGCAAAAGGUUCAAAACAUUGAAAAAGUACCAGAUAUAAAACACGUUGGAUAUCAAGCAAUCCAACAAUCACAAAAACCUGAAAAUUUGACUAAAAAAGAUCAAGAUUUUAAUCAAAAAACUGAAAAUUUGAAUCAAUCGUCAACAAAUUUGAAUCAAAAAAGUCUGAGUUUGAUUAAAAAAUCUGAUGUUUUGAAUAAAAAGUCUGAAGAUUCGAAUAAAAAAUCUGAAGAUUUAAAUAAAAAAUCUGAAGAUUUAAAUAAAAAGUCUGAAGAUUUAAAUAAAAAAUCUGAAGAUUUGAUUAAAAAACCUGAAAAUAAGAAUCAAGCUCCUCUAAAUUUCAAGAAAUCUGAAGAAUUGAAAUUACAAAGACUUGACAAAUUUCCUAAAGUCUCCCAGAUUACUGAUUUGAAUGCUCAAGGUGUUCAAAAAAAUCAGCUCACCACAAUUAAAACAUCAUCAACACAAAAAUUACAAGAAAGGAAUAAAGAGGAGGUAUCAAAAGUUAAAGAAGAAAUAGUUAAAAAUAAUGACAAAAAUCCCGAACACAUCGCAGACGUAAUUAACGUUAAUUAUAACGAAAACAAUGUAAUUGCCCGAAUCCAAUUCAAAGAAGGAAGUAAACCCAAUCAAUUUUUCGAAAAACUUUUUAGUAAUUCAAAUGCUUUGAUGAGUAAAAUCGGUUUUAAUAAACAAGUUAAAAAUGAUGAGGUGAAAUUAAAAGAUCCAAGAAUUGAAAACGAUAAAGUUGAUUUAAUAAAUAAAAGCGAUUUAAAGAUUAAAGUUGAACCGAUAAUUGAGACAGAGAAGAUUGAAAUUAAUAAUUCGGAUGAUUUAAGAAAGAGUAUAAAAAACAUUUUUCCUUUUGUGCCGAAUGUAAUGAAUUACAAUGACAACGCCGAAGCUGUUCCUAUACUUCUUGAAACGAAUAACGUUAAAAAUGUUGAAACAAAAUCAUUGGAAGAAAAUAAAGUUUCGUUUUCAAGUACUAAUGAGCCACCAGCAAAAGUAGAUAGACAAGUAAGAAAUGUAUCUUGUACAAAAAGCGAAAUUUUAGAUGGUGAUAUCGCGUAUAUUAUUGAUAAAAACUCUGAGAAAUCAACGGAAAAUCGCCGAAAAUAUGUCAGAACCGAAUUUGUUGAGGAUACUCCCGAUAUUAUUAAUAAGGAAGAUAAAGAAGAAGAAGCUGAAUUAAUACCGGAAGAUAAAGAUGAUACGUUGGUAAUCACAAAAGAAAUAAAAGUACAAUCAAAUUUGACUCGUAGAAAACGAGAUCGUAAAUUAAUUGAAGUUUUAAUUCCAAAUCAAGCAUUAUUUACUAAUAAUAACUUAUCAAAACCACCCAGUUUAGAAGCUAGUUUAAUCGAUGACAAAAUAUCUAAUUCAACUAAAAACGAUUCCCCUACAAACGAUUCUGUUUCCAACAAUCCGAUUUCAAAUGAUUCAGUUUUAAAUCCAACUGAAGAAACACCAAGUUUAGAGUCAACGAUACAAAAUCAAAAUAUACUCGAUAAAACUGUAAAAAUACAUUUUCAAAAUGCGUCUAAACCUAAACGCAAUACAGAAGAUGUAAAAAAUCAAAACUGUCUAAAUGACCUAAUAAAUUUAAAUGAUUCAAAUAGUCAACAAGAUACAAAAAAUAAAGACGCAAAAGAUAUAGCACAAGAAAUUAAAGUGAAUCAAAAGGAUACUGAAAUUAAGCCGCCCAUUGAAACGCAAAGUAUCGUAUCUGAUACUAAAAUGGUUGAAAAAGAAGUGAAACCCAUUGAAUCAAAAGUAAUUAAACAUGUUAAAAAGAUCGAAGAAGUUAAACAACCAGUUGAAACAAAGAAAGAGGUUGCACAAGAAGCUAAAACGGUUGGGGAAAUUAAACCAACAAAAGAGAUUGCACAAGAAGCUAAAACGGUUGGAGAUGUAAAACCAAAAAAAGAGAUUGCACAAGAAGCUAAAACGGUUGGAGAAAUUAAACCAAAAAAAGAGAUUGCACAAGAAGCCAAAAUGGUUGAAGUUAAACCACCAGUUGAAACAAAGAAAGAGAUUGCACAUGAAGCUAAAACGGUUGGAGAUGUAAAACCAAAAAAAGAGAUUGCACAAGUAGCUAACACGGUUGUAGAAAUUAAACCAAAAAAAGAGAUUGCACAAGAAGCCAAAAUGGUUGAAGAAGUUAAACAAUCAAUUGAAACGAAAAAGGUGAUUCAAGAAAUUAAAACGAUUGAAAAAAGUGAAAUGGUUCACGAAGCCAAACCACCGAGUGAAAUGAAAAAAGUUGUUGUUCCUGAGAAGACUUCGUCGCUGAGACCGCAAUCAGAUUUUAUAAGGCAACCAUCGCCGGGUUCAAUACCUCCUCCACAAUCAUCAGGAUGUUCGGAUAAUAGUAACGGUGGUAAACCAAAACCAGAAUCGAACAUGGAACAAUUGUUGGGUUUUAAAGAUGAUAAAAUAAAAGCUUUAGCAUUUGAAAUAAAACCAGGUACUCCAAAACUACCUAAACGUAAUUGGGAACAAUUUGGUGAUUAUGAAAAACCAAUGAUAACACUUCCCAUACCAGAUGCAGUGAAAUCAGAUCCCGAUUUAAUUCAACUUAGUAAGAAACCACCAGUUUUUCAAUUUAAACCCGAAGAGAAUUAUUUAAAAUUAACGGCAACCGAAAAUAUUUAUGUAGAGGAAAUCAAACCUCCUACUGUUAAAGAGGAAAGGAAAAUGACGCCAAAGAAUGAAUUUGUAACUUUUAACGAUAUCGAAAAAAAUGUGCAGAAAACUAUUCAAAAGAGUCUGCAACGAAACGAAAUUCAUUCAAAUACGUUCAAAUCAGCACCAAAAGAAUCUGCAAUAAAAGUUACUGAAGAAAUAUUGGAAAAAUCAGAAAUCGAAAAUCAAGACAUUCUUUUGGAUGAAAUUUUUACGGAGAAAAAGGCAUCACCUAAUAAUAACCCAUUGGGUAAUUGUAAAUUAUUAAUAAGAGAAGAUAUUGAAAUUGGAAGAAAAUCCACUCAUAAACUUGAACAAGAAUUUGAUGAGUUCGAAGCGAAGUUUGUAUCUUCUGGACCACCCGAAACUAAAAGUUCGAUUAAAAGUGAUGCCACCAAAAAUAAAGAAUCUGUAAAAGUUGGCAUUGAACAUGCAACUCAAAAUUUAAAACCAAUAAUGAAUUUAAAAGAAACAAAUCAAUCAUCAUUUGAAUUGGGUCAAAUAUCACCAGGAUUGACUCAAACAUCUCCCGGAUUGACUCAAAUAUCACCAGGAUUGACUCAAACAUCAUUAGGAUUGAAUCAACCACCGCCACCGCUUUUAAGUCCAAUACCAUCCCCAUUGAAUUUAAAGCCACCAGUUAUACCAAAACAAGAAAAGAUUAAUCCGCCAAAACAAGAGAAGAUUAAUCCACCUAAACCAAUGAGAUCAGAAGAAUUAAAUUAUUAUCAAAAACUACAACAGAAAGAUCAAUUAUUUUCAAGAAAACAAAUUGCUUUAAAAGUGCUGGAAAAAGUUAUUCCGCCAAAGCCAAUGAAAUCGGAAGAAGGGAAUUUGCAAAAAAAAUCGGCACCAAAAGCAAUGAUGGAUCAACUAUUUUUCAAAAAACAACGUAUGAUGAAACCUUCUCUUCAAAUUAAAAAUGAUGUAAAAGAACCUAAUCUUCCAACAACUUACAAAUUACUCGAUUCUAAGUUCAAAGCACUCAAUCAAUUUAAAGCUAUUCAACAUGAUGAAUCUAUUAAGAAGAACAUUCGUGUUAAACAAGAAAGUGGUGACCCUAAAAGUCUUCAAAGUGUUCUUCAAAAAUCGCCUGUUUUAAACAAUUCUGAUCACAGACAAACCAUGGUUUUAAGAUCAACUGCUCAGAUUCAACAUCCCCAAUUUGAUUGCCGACUCGAUGAAAAAGUACAACUACAAGAAAAAAUACAGCAACUUGAAUCCAAAGCACCUAAAAAACAAACUAGUUCAAAUACUAAUCCAAUUCAAGUGUUACAAACUCAACCGCAACUUCCGAUUCGAUCAAAAUCACCAAGAAAAGAGAUAAAAGUUAAAGAUAUUGAAGCUAAUAAACAGCAUGAAGAUGACAUUAGAAUUGAUGCUAAAGAUUCAAAAGAUUCCCAAUUACGCUUGAUGGCAAAUGAGUGUCAAGAGAAAGUGUUCGAAAAAGCACCAUCAAAAACAACUUUAUCCGUACAAAAAUCGUUUGAAUUUAAACCUUUAAGGAAUACUCAACAAUGUUAUAAGGCAGAAGCAGCUCCUGUAAAAACAGAACCAAUAACCCCAAAAUCUGGAAAUAUUAUUAAAUCUUAUGAAUUUAAUUAUAUGGAACCGGCUAUGUUCUCAUCAAAAACGGAAACUAAUACAGAAAAUACUAUUGAACUUGUUGAAGAUCUCAAAAAAGCUAAAACUAUGGAACAAGAAACCAAAGAAAUUAAAAAAGUUGCUGAAGAGUUUAAAGAAGUUAAAAAAGCUGAGGAAAAGAAAGUGGCAGAAGAAAACAAAAAAUUGGCAGAAGAAAAGAAAAGAAUUGAUGAAGAAAAGAAAAAAAUUGAUGAAGAAAGGAAAAAAAUUGAAGAAGAAAGGAAAAAACUUGCUGAAGACAAGAAAAAAAUUAUUCUUGAAGAAAAGAAAAGAAUUGUCGAAGAAAAGCGAUUAUCUGGUGAAGAUGAAAAAGAACAUAUUUUUAAUAACUUUGAGUAUCCACCACCAGCACUUCCCGAACAAACUAAAGCUGUAAUUCAAGUUAAAAAAUCUCAAGAAAACUUAAAAAAAGAUUUCAAACCCGAACAAAAACGUCCAAAAGGCAACGAAUUAAAAUUUGAACCGUUUGAAAGGAAACCAAUUAAUAAAAUUUACGAAGAAUUACUUAAUCAACGAAUAGAGAACGUCAAAAUACAACGGAGUUCACAAAAAAAUAAUCUCGAAAAAACUGAAGAAGAUGAAUUAGAAAAUGAAGUUUUAAGUAAAACAGAACACGAGAGACGGCAGAAGUCAGCCGCUAUAAUCAGCAAACUAUUUGAGGUUAGAACCAUUCAGCAACAAGAACAUCAUAAAAAAUCUGAUGAGUUAAAAGCCAAACCUAAUAUAAGUUUGUUGAUAUCGAAACCGUUUGAAGACAUUUCUAACUCAGUUUCAACGGAUAACGUAAGAGUUGAUAAACCUAAAUAUUCUCCACAAAACUUACGCAAUCGCUCAAAAACAUUAUCAGAUAUUGAUACAAAUAUGAUUAAAGCAAGUCAAAGUUAUUAUUCUAAUUAUCACAUUAAUAAAACAUUGAAUGAAAAUGUUGAGGAUAAAAAGGAAAUAAAAGGUUCAAAGAAAUCGUUACCGGCAAAAAUUAAAGAAAAACAAGAUGAUUUAUCGGAUAUUACAGAAGAUGUUAAUCUUGCAAAAAAUCUUAAAGUUUCAAAUGUAUUAGAUAUUAAUAGAUAUAUCGAUGUAGAGGAGGAUCAAUCGGUUACUGAUCAAAUAAAUGAAAUGAAUAAAGUAGAAACUGAAUUACAAGAACCAUCCACUAGAUAUCGUAGACGGAAAUUGCGUUAUAGAAGGGUAAAUGAGGAUUUGUCUUCAACUAGAACGCUGAAACUUAAAAAAGGUAUCGUUCCUAUUACGAUCACACCAGACGUUAGUCUUGAAGAACAACUACCUAAAUAUAAAACAAGCUACAUUCAUGAUGAAAUUGAAGAUAAUUUUGGUUUAGAAGCUGGAGCUACAAUCUCACCUGCAAAAACACCAAAACAAAAGAAAACCCCAAAUUAUUUUGCAAAAUCAUCUCUCGAUCCGGUUGAUUAUACCUUAAAUACGGUUAAUAAAAUGAAAUUGAAAGAAACACAAGCUAAACCUUUCGUUUUUGAUAAUAUAAAACACCCGAAAAAAAAAAUUCGUAGUCCGGAUCGAUCAAAACCAACUCCAAAUCAUUUAGGAAUGCUUUGGCCACGAUCAAAUGUUGAAGAUAAAAGUAUGAUGAUAGAACGUGUUGAAAAAAGUCAUAAAGUGUUUUCAACUCAUCCAACAUCAGAAAUGUCAACUUCCGCUGUGUUAGACACCGUUAAACCAACCCACGAAUUAAAACCGGAAAUUGAACCGGAAAAAAAGAUACAUGAAGGGGAAACAGCGAAAAUUGUUUAUAGUUUUGAUGAUCAUUAUCGAAAAUCAACCGAUGAUCGCGAGAUUCGACAAAAGAAAAAAGAUUAUUGGAAGACACUUCAACGUGAUGAUAAUUUUUGUCCGAUUCCAUCUGAACCAACAAUCACUAAUGAAUUAUAUGGCAACAAAGUGUACAUGAAAAAACCACAUAAAAAAAUUAUGAGAAAUGUUACUCCAGCACUCGAAUUGGAAAAUUUUGAUUCUCAGUUUGGUUUAAGCGAUCCAGCGAGGGAAGAACGCGAAAUGAGACGGAUGAAACAAGCACUUGAAUUGGAACAUCUUACUGCUGAACGAAAAAUGAGAUUAAAACAAGCCGAAGAAGAAGAAGAUAAACGUAAAUUUGGAAAUGUUUCACCAUUACUUAUGUAUUAUUUAAAACAAAAAGAAGAAAAGAACGCAAAGCCGCCAAUUAAAGUUGCUGAUCAACCGGAUGUCUUCAACGAACUUUCCGAAUCACCAAAGAAAAGCUUACGUAAAGAAUAUAAAAUGCAAAGAAUAUGGGAUGAUAAAAAAUCGGUUAUUAUUAAUGUUCCAACAGAAGGUAGUAUUUACGAUCGAUAUCCUUUACUUCGGAAAAAUCGUAAAAAUCAAAAAACCGAAGAAGACCUCCAAGCAGAACAAGAGGCUGAGUAUAAAGAAAGGAUGGUUGUUGAACAACAAAAAAGAGAGGCUGAAAGACUGUCAGCUCAAGCUUCAUUAAUGGCCGAAGAAAGAUGUAGAGGUAUUGAAAGAAAAACUUCAUUUGCAAAUCAAACAGCAGUUAAAUUCCAACACGAACCGUACGGAAAUAAAGUAUCAAACAUGAUGAAAUGGAAAAUGAGAUAUAAUGCUCAUAUUGAAAAAUUAAAUACGUCCGGUGGAAAAAAAUACGAAGAAAAUAAGUUGGUGAAGAAGUUUCCGUUUUUAAGAAAAUAUCAAAAAGGUUCAGAUCAGGAUUGCCCCGAAAGUGCUCCAACAACCAAUUGGGAUCAAUUUGCUCAACUUCCCUAUAAUCCAAAUGCAACAGGAUUAAGAAAUAUUAAACCUUUUGAUGGACCCGUAUUAAACAUGCCAUCAAGUGUGGGCGAAGCAAUACUGCCUGAUACCAAGAAAUAUAUCUUUAAAGAAAAAGAACUAAAAACUGCAUUAGGAAAGAAUAUUAAGGUUACUUAUUUAGUUCCACAAGAUCCUAAUGCUAAUUAAAUCAAGAUCUUCAAUAAUGCUGCGCACUGUACACAUAAAUAAUGAAAUAAUUUCAUCCACCACUCAUCCGUCUGUUUAAAUUAUAAAAUUUGGUGCAAACGCGGAUUAUUAUACUCAAUUAUUGUUAAUAUUAUCAAAAAAAUCUUG